GGGUCGAUUCUCGGUAUUGUUGUGGCCCCCACCACAAACCUAAAAGUCAUGUGAUGUUUGGCCUCCUGAUGUAAUAAAUACCACUUCCUACUUCCCACAUUAUUCAGUGUUGUUGUAAACGUUUCGAAGUAAAAAGUAUCGUCUAAAAUAAGUUAAUAAGAAAAAUGAAGUUUUUACUAAUUUUCGCUGCCGUUUUAGUUACGACACAAGCUGUGUCAUUUUUCGACCUCGUCCAAGAACAAUGGAAAGCAUUUAAGUUACAUCAUUCAAAAUCAUAUGAAGACCCUACUGAAGAAAAAUACAGAAUGAAAAUAUUUAUGGAAAAUUCUCACAAAGUAGCAAAACACAAUCAACUUUAUGAGCAAGGACAUGUAACCUUCAAAAUGAAGAUAAAUAAGUAUGCUGAUCUCCUCCAUCACGAAUUCAUCCAUACUUUGAAUGGUUUUAAUCGUACCACCGGCUACAAAAGUGCUGCAUAUCAAGAAGAUUUAGAUGAUGGAUCAACUUUUAUUAAACCUGCCAAUGUUGUGGUUCCAGAAAGUGUUGAUUGGAGAACUUUGGGAGCUGUAACGGAAGUGAAAGAUCAAGGUCAUUGUGGUUCAUGUUGGGCUUUCAGUUCAACAGGAGCUUUAGAAGGACAACAUUUCCGAAAAACAGGAAAAUUGGUAUCUUUAAGUGAACAAAACUUGGUUGAUUGUUCAGGAAAGUAUGGAAAUAAUGGUUGUAAUGGAGGUUUGAUGGAUAAUGCUUUCCGUUAUGUUCGAGAUAAUCAUGGAAUUGAUACUGAAAAUACUUAUCCUUAUGAAGCUGAAGAUGAUAAAUGUAGAUAUAACCCUAGAAAUUCUGGAGCUACCGAUAAAGGAUUUUCAGAUAUUUCUUCUGGUAAUGAAGAAGAUUUAGUUGCUGCUAUUGCUACAGUUGGACCAAUUUCCGUUGCUAUUGAUGCAGGACAUGAAUCAUUCCAAUUUUAUUCUGAAGGUGUUUAUUAUGAACCACAAUGUAGCUCUCAAGAGUUGGAUCAUGGGGUAUUAGCAGUUGGAUAUGGAAAAACGGAUGAAGGAGAAGAAUAUUAUAUUGUUAAAAAUUCAUGGGGUACAACUUGGGGUGAUAAAGGUUAUGUUAAAAUGGCUAGAAAUAGGAACAAUCAUUGUGGAAUUGCUACCCAAUCCAGUUAUCCUCUUGUUUAAUUAUUAAUUAAUUUAGGAUUAUAAGUAUUUUCUAUUAAGUUGUUUGAUCUUCUUUAAAAAAAUGUAUUAUAGUGACUUAUUGACCUAUUUUUUGUGAACACGGCUGUGUCAAAACAACCUAUUAAUUUCUGUUUUAAGAUCUUCCUUCUAAGUUUUUAAGAAUAAAAAAAAACAUGUAAAUUUCA